GCGCGUGUAGUGCGCCCCUUCCCCAUCAACCUGCCCCACGAAUACUUCGCUUCAGCCGCCGCUGCACGCCCUGAGCACUGGAACCCUGAUGGUUACGACGCCGAGAACAUCCCUGAGGCAUUAUACCAGCACCCUGUCUACACCACGCACGGGCGGAAGGCCGUGCCUUUAGGCUACUACUCGGACGGCGUCCCCUUCACAAAGAAGGACACGUUCAUAUGCAUAUACAUGUCAAACGGCCUCACGCAGUCCAGGCUCAGGAACUACAUGGAGUUUAGUGACGAAUUCGGUGGACUCGCUAUAAAGGAGUACUGUCCCCUGUUCAAUCUUAGACGCGGGUGCCGCCUAUUGGAGAAGGGGCAAGUGCACGACACGCACAACCUCGACGGCCUCAGCUUCCCUGUGGAGCUGUUCUUCUUCGACGCCCUGAACCACAUGGGCUUGAACCUGCUGUGUCCGCUCAUGGACAUCAUAG